UAUCAUUCGUCAGUCCAUAACCCUCACUAACACCCUACCUAUCCGUUUUAGUCAACACCAUAUCUGAUCGGGAAUUUAAAAGGUUCGAUCCUUGGCCUUCGAAGGGAGAAAACCAGGCCAGAGGAUAAGAAGGGGUAACCUUACAUCUCAACCCUACAUCUUACAUACAUACAUGUUGCAGCGACACGUGCGAGCCUGGACCGGCAGGGUAACCAGACAGCUUUCCAUUAUGGCAUCAUCCGGGGCGUCGAAUACGCCGGUGGAGGACACCAUUCGGGCAAAGAUCACCGAAGCCCUUAAACCUUCCAGACUGGAGAUCUUUAACGACUCUGCCAACCAUUCUCACCACAAGGCUAUGGUGGGUAACACUUCCAAGGAGACGCAUUUCAGACUAGUCAUUACCUCCGAUGCCUUCAAGUCUAAGAUGCAGCCGGCCCGCCAUCGCAUUAUUUACCAGCUUCUAGACGACGAGAUGGCUCGGGAAGGCGGCAUUCACGCGCUACAGCUGCGCACUAUGACCCCUGAGGAGGAGCAGAAGUGGCAGGAGAAACAGCAGCAGUAGGGCGCUACUAGUAUUGCUGAGUGUAGCUGAGGCUAGAAUUUGAGGCGUGGAGAUGAUUGAGAUGUACGAUACAGGUGUACAUACAAGAGGGUUUCUCCAGCUUAACUCACUACCUAAAUCACAAUAUGUACAGCUACUCAAUACAUGACGAUUAAUGAUUUCGCGAAGAAAAUGUUUUUUUUUUGAUAACUGAGGUAAUAAACACAAGAUAGAA